GGACUGGACUGGAGAAUGGGAGGGGGGGACCAUGGACGUCGUCAGUGUCCAGCAGUUGGCAAGCGGAGAAAGAGAAGAAAGGAAAGUGUUGGGAUGUGGAUGUGGAGUUCCUGAUCCUGGAGCCUGGCCAGGCAACUGGAGGCUGGGACCCCAUGAGGCCGUGGCCCAGGAAAGGCAGAAACAGGGAGGAGAAGAGAAGAGGAGACUUCAGAGAUUUGAGAGUUCCAGACUUAACCUGGACACUCUGGCUGACUUGGAAAACUUGGUUCAAAGACGAAGAGAAAAGCGACUGAAGCGCAGAGUCCCCCCCAGGGCACCUGAGCCCGUGGUUGAGCCACAGCCCCAGGCCCAGCUGGAGCCUGUGGACCUGGAGAUGUUCCUGAAGGCAGCUGCUGAGAACCAGGAGGCCCUGAUUGACAAAUACCUGACAGAUGGAGGAGACCCUAAUGCCCAGGACAAGCUCCACCGCACAGCCUUGCACUGGGCCUGCCUGAAGGGUCACAGCCAGCUCGUGAACAGGCUGUUGGAGGCAGGGGCCACUGUGGACGCUCGCGACUUGCUGGACAGGACGCCUGUGUUCUGGGCCUGUCGUGGAGGACACCUGGACAUCCUCAAGCAGCUGCUUAACCACGGAGCCCAGGUCAAUGCCCGGGACAAGAUCUGGAGCACCCCCCUGCACGUGGCCGUGCGCACAGGGCACUGUGAGUGCCUGGAGCACCUCAUCGCAUGUGGAGCCCACAUUGACGCACAGGACAAGGAAGGGGACACAGCUCUACACGAGGCUGUGCGGCACGGCCACUACAGAGCCAUGAAGGUACUCCUGCUCUAUGGAGCCCAGCUGGGCGUGCAGAACCAGGCUUCAGUGACCCCCGCACAGCUGGCCCGAGACUGGCAACGAGGCAUCCGGGAGGCUCUGCAGGCCCACGUGGGGCACCCCCGCACACGGUGCUGAUGAGAGCAGCCCUGCAGGGCCUCUCUCAGCCAGGAUUCCAUCCCCUUCUCCUCCCACCCUCACACCCGUCUGGUUCUGAGCUCAGGCCUGAUUCCUCAGGCCUCCAGGGCAGCCCUGUCAGGAAAGGAGCAGCUCAGGAUCCAGGCCUGCCAGGUGGAUGAAACGGCCUCCCUGGCUUCAAGUCUCAGGGAGGACCUGCUCCCUGCCAGGGCACAAGCCAGUAAGGAGCUGAAGCGGAACCCUGGGUGAGCAGGAAGCAAGAUGGGUCCAGACAAACGACAGCAGAAAAAACUGGGAGCUCAGGACGGAGCAAAAGCUGAAGUGUCCUAUACCUCAGGCUCCCCAGGGCUGGUGCUAAACUUCCCC